GCUAUCUUAUAUAAUUGAUUGUGAAGCUCUCACACAUCAGCGAGGGUUACGCUUUACACUCUGUUUUUCUCUUGAGGGAAUUUUUGCGAUGGCUUUCAAGGGGACGCUUCAAUUUCUGGUUGCCAUGGGGGAUCGAUUCGAGCGUGAGAGGGCAAGAUACAACGAGUUCUUCCAAAUUUUCAUGGAUUUUAAGGAUGUUGACAAAAGAGUUGAUGGAGAUGAUAUUAUUCGAAGAACAGAGGAAUUAUUCGAUGGAGAGGAGAUUAUGGUGAUGGGUUUUUACAACUUGAUGCUCGAUACCAAGAGAAAAUGUAGGAAGCCCGAUGAUUUGGGAGAAGUUUUCAACCGUGUCCUCCUGGAAAUGAUGCAUCAAAAUCAGAAUUGCAACCAUGAACAAAAUAUAACGCAAGAAAAUCAGGACUGUCAAUCUGAAAUUAAUGAAUACAGCAUGACUGACCUAUAUAAAAGUAAAGCACGCUCGGAGAAGAAAAGAAAGCGAAAUAACAGUAAUGACUCAGCCUCCACUCUAAUGGAUGACACUUUUCGAAAGUGCAGAUCCUCAUCGAACAAAGAAACCCCGAGUUACAAGUUUCUCCGUGAGCCCACAUCACUUCAUUCUAGCAACUCACCAGAGCUGAAUGAACUGAAUGAUUCUUGUUAUUUAGCCGUUAAAUGCAACAGAAAUACUAUUCGGAAGAUAAAUGAAUAUGAGCAAACAUUAUUUGACUGCGAAGAUGAUAUGUUUGAGCUUGAUAUGCUGGUGGAGAGAGUGAAAGCAACUACUAGAAAAUUGGGGGAGGAUAUAGAAAAGAAUCCUGAUGGACAAAACUUUAUCAAACUGAUAAAGCUAGAAUCGACAACAAACUUUAACUCUGCCAACUUGCGUUGUUUGUUGAACUUUUACAAUUGUGGUGUCGCCAAAAUCAUGGAUUCUAUAAGGGAGGACCCCGCCACAGAAUUACGGAGAAUAUAUGAAGAUAUGAAGCACUGGGCUGAGGUAUUGUUGGAGCAGCGUGAAGAAGCACACAAAAUUUGCGAGGAUGUUUUUGUCGAGAACUAUCCUAAAAUGUAUAAAAGUGGCUAGGUUGGCUUGAAGCAUCAAAGUUCAGAUAUCUCAAGCAAGAAGUCUAGGCUGCUGUCAUUCUGAUGUGGAUAAUGGCCUUUUUUUCUUUUUAUCGUAUUUGAAUGGUCAUAGUUGUUGUAGACCAUAAA